AUGAACCGCCACUACUUUGACCAUUACAGAGUAAUGGAGCUGCUCAGUUUGAAAGACUGUCCUGAACAGCACUCGUCCACGGACAGUAUGGAGAGUAUCAACGAAGAGGUACCACCAACCACACCUACAUUCGCACCAAUGCUGAAGAGACUGAACGAGUUCAGGAUGAUGGCCAUCGGAUGUGAUGUCACUUUUUUGGUCGGAGAAAAGAGGAGGGUGAGUCACAAAAACAACAUAUGUUACUUUCUGACAUUAGUGUAAAUGUGACAUAAGGUCUUUGGUUACUAAACAUAACAUACAUCAAACUUACCAUAAUCAUCGUUUUCAGCCAAUAUUCAGCCACAAACUGAUCCUAGCCUGUAGUUCACAAGUCUUCAAAGCCAUGUUCUACGGUCUUCUCAGUGAAUUUCCUCACAGUUUCCCGACUCCAGAAGUCACGCCUCCAGUAGACGACCAUUCAGAUUCCUCAUCUUUGUCAUCGUCAUUCAGUAGCUCCAAUUUCAGUCAAACUCCAGAAGACGAAUCCGAAGAUGAAGCCAAAGUGAACGUAGAAGUAUCUCCAUCACAAACCAAUGAUGUACUACCUUCACCAAACAAACUACUGCCCCCAACACAGACACGAUACGUGGCUACAGAGAUGAGUAUGUUCACGGAUCGACGCUACGUAUCUCCAGUGGAGACCGUGGAGGUGCCCGACAUCAAUCCAUCAGCCUUCAGGAAGAUGAUCGAAUUUAUUUACAGCGAUUUUGACCCCAAGAGUGUGCACCUAACAGAUAACAAUGUCAUGGAGGUCCUCUAUGCUGGUAAAUAUUUACUUGUUUGUAACUUGGAGUACUUUUGUUUUUAAUGUGGGUUGACGUGAGAGAUGUCAAAAUGUUCACAAUUUCUUAGUAUUAUAUAGAAAAUGGCAUUCAAGCUUGUUUUUGAACAAAAACGUAAAGUUUACAUAGUUUCUGCAACUACUGUACUAUAAUGUUUUCACUUUGUACUAAAAUAUAAUUACAACAACGCAACACCUUAAAAUUGUAUUAAAAUUUCAGCCAAGAAGUACGCGAUUGAUGCACUGGUUGACGAAUGUGUUAGGUACCUGUUGAACGACUUAAGCCCCUUUAACGCGGUCUUUCUCUUAUCCCAAGCUCGAGUCUUUAAUGAGGAGACGUUAAUUAAGCGCUGCUACGAAGUCAUCGAUCGUAACACCGACGUCGCCCUACAGGCAGAACGUAAGUAACGCAUUAGUUAUUCGACUACAGCUUUGACAAGUUUACAAUAGUAGAGCUUGUAAAAGAAAUUAAAAAACUAUAAAAAGUUAGUGAUAUUAUCUUAAACCUAACCAUCAACUGUAGCCACAGUAUUUUCAAAACUAUACUGUAAAAUAUUGUUUUCAGACAUCGAAGAUGUAGAUAAAGACACCUUGAUGACAGUACUUCGUAGAACCCAACUCGACCCCUCAUCUGAAUUAAUCAUCUUCAACGCCGCCCGAGGCUGGGCUGAAGCCGAUUGUAAGCGUCAGAAGCUGGAACCAACUCCUCAGAAUAUUCGUCAAGUUCUUGGUCCAGCCCUAAGCCUGAUCAGAUACCCAAGAAUGGAGGUAACCGAGUUCGGACAGGUAGCCAUGUCAGGCAUCUUGACUUGUGAAGAGAUGGCAGAAGUGUUUAUGCAUCUGACUGUGAAGCCGGCUCCAUUCUGCCGCUACUCCACUGGAUUCAGAUGCUCAUCAAGAUCGAAACAUGUUGUGCAGAGAUUCGGAGCUGUUUCGUCGAAACGAUGCUCGAAAAGGGAAAGCAAAGUUGCGUAAGUUGCUUUGUUUAUUAUUUUAUGUUGGUGUCAAAAAUUUUUUUUUCAAAAAGCAUUUUUUGUUAUUAUAGUCGCUUCUUUUUUUAUAGAUUUUAGAAAAGACGCUUGAUAUUGUUAAAAAUCUUAGUUGUUUUAGCUUCACCGUUGAUAGAGAUGUCCAGAUCCAUGGCUUGGGUAUUUAUGGUAUGAAUCCCAUCAAACCUCAUACUGAAGAAGAAAACACAUGGAGAUGUCAAGUCGAAAUCCAGGUAUGCUUUUAUCGUUUUUUGAAAAACCGUGUUUUAAAGUAGCCUUAAGUUUUUACUGUACUAACUCAUCAUUUUCUGUAACAAUUGUAUUGUUUCAGUUGGGAGUAGUUACUGAUCCGAGUAGCUAUGCCUCUACAUUGGGAGUACUAGCCUCUAACAACGUGUACAUGCAAGGUUUUCUUGGAGAGGAACAACCGGUCGUAGCCUCCUUCAAGGAGCCUGUGCCCAUCUCUCCUUAUCAGAGUUAUGUAGCUACCGUCAGAUUCAUUGUAAGUUUUGUAUCACAAGCUUUUGUAUAUUAUCUUACAAUGGUCCUUCUGAUAUUCUAUGUUAAAAUAAUAUUUUUACUAUAACUUUUAUGACUUACAGAGUGAAACUGCCAUUCAAACGAUUUCGGGUAAAGACGGAAAGGAGGCUGUUACAGUAACUCUGCCGAACGACGAAACGGUAACUUUCAAGUUCAACAGUUACCGUAACUCGUACGGUGACGAUGGUUACAAAUCAGAAGGCCAGAUCCCGUCACUCCACUUCUACGUAGCAUGGCCUGAAAAGGAAACUACUACGGUAUAAAGUAAACUGUAACUAUACAGAGUAAUCAGCUAUAUUACUCUGAAAUAAGUACAGAGUAAAAUACUGACUGCUGUGUUGAAAUCAGUACCAUACUCAUCGACAAUAUCAUCAUGUAUCUCAUAUUUAUUUGUAUAUAUCACUGUAUGUAACACAUGUAGAUAUGUUAUUAUUUGUACACUUUGACUGCAUAAAUUAUAUUACCCAAGUUGGUCAUUACUACUGUUUAACUGUUUUGUCAGUGUAACGUAACUAAUAUGUGUGCUAUUUCGUGCUUUAUAUAUAAUAACGUGUAUUUUUGUAUCUUCCAUGUACUUUUAUAUUACCUUUACAUUUUUAAAAAUGUUUUUCAAUUUGUCGUUAUUUAUUUGAUCAUUUUUCUUAAAAAACAGAAUUACUUACGUUAAAAAACAACAUUUAAAUCCAAAUCAAACCUUAUUUUAGAUGAGCACCGCUUUCAAAGCCUCCGUAGCAGCUUCAGCAGCUCAAAGUCAGCUGCGUCCAUCAGUCUUUGACAUUCUUUCACAACAAAGUCAACAACAAUCCCUGAAGCCAGCGAUACAGUACAUCCUCAAGUUCGGAGCUUUGUUUUACCAGUCGAAGAACAUCAACUCGUUGAUGAAAUGGUUCGACGAAAUCUACGCCGUGGUCAUGUUGACUAUGGAAAACCAUUCUCUGAAGAAAUACGGUGAGUGACAUAGCUACGUUCUAAAAAGUCUUGUAAAGGAUUGGUAAUCGUUUUCAUAACGUUUAUUUUUCAAUUUUGACCAAAUGUUUAGGUACAGGUACAAUAUUCUAAUUUUAAAUAAAACCUGAAAUGGAACGUAUUUUACAAAACAACGUACCUUAUUUUAGGUGCCUCAUUCUCGGAAAACUUUUAUUCGAUGAAACGAGUCUUCGACCAGCAUAAUUCCUUACCGACCGACAGCGAACGACGAAAAAGUUUAUUGUUUCUAGUUAUCGUCCCUUACAUCGAAAGCAAAUUGUCAGCCUACAAGAACAAAAUCGAAAAUACCGAUCCCAAUCAGGUAAAACUUCUUUUUCGAUCAAAUGUUACAAUAUUUCUUACCUAAAUAAUAUUUUAAUAUUAUUAUUUUUUAAUACGAAAUGCCACAAAUCAUUGGAGAAUGUGGACGAAAUAUCACAAGUUUAUUGUUUGUUGUUGAUGAAAGCUUCUUUUUGGUCUAAAUUUGUCUUGAAAAUUUUAAUGUGGAAAAAUGAACUUUUAAACUAUAAACCAAAAAAACGUUAAUUUAAGAUUAAAAUUCUAUAUAAUAUAAUAAAACAACAAUUUUAGCGAACCCCCUUCAUGAACAUGUUCUUUAAGAUCUACCCGGUAUUCCAGAAGAUCCUAGGCAUUAUAGGCUUAAUCUUUGUAGUAUUAUAUGGAUUUGGGUAUGUAGAUGUCCAAAACCUACCUCUUCUGCUGCUUGGAGCUCGUCUCCAUCGUUUGACGCCUGAGGAAAUGGAGAGCUUCGAGAAGCCGGUCUACAACGAAUCUGGGUGAGUGUGACGAUGGCAGUAGCAUCAUUGUAAUCGAACAGUGUUUUAGGAAGAGUAACUCGCGUUUUUCUGCAAAUUCCCUCCUGGACUGGUCGCUUCUUCUCUUAUGCCCUAUUCUUCAAAGAUGUUCACGAGUUUGUGACAAACAACGACGAAGACCAUAAGGGCUUCAAGUACGACAUUGACUUUGCUCGACCUGUGCAUCCGACUAAUGUAAGGUUGGGGAUAGAGGUUCGGGGCAAAGAGAGAUCAAAAUGGAGUUAUAUUGAUAAUGAUUAGUGUUUUUCUGAUUUUUUUUUCGAAUUGCCGGACUUAAAAAGAGACCCGGAACGUUAAAUAGGAUGUUAACAAUGUAAACCUAAUUAUUAUCUUAUUUUUGUCUUCGUAAGAGUAUUUGUUUACUUUAAAAAUAAUAAUUAUUAACUUUUAGUUGAUCUCACCCUCCGAACUAGCCCAAAUGGAAACAGACAAGUGUCCUUUAUGUCACAAUCGUCGCCAAAACGACACCGUGCUCAGUGUGUCGGGUUAUGUGUUUUGUUUCACAUGUAUUAACUCGUAUGUUCGGUUAGAAAAACGCUGUCCCAUAACCAAUCUUCCAGCUUCACAUGAACAACUAGUUCGUUUGUAUCGAAAGUCCGGCUAA